AUGCCUACCUUACCUAUUGUACCUAUCGACCGUGCCCUUCUCGACUUAACAGAUCCCAACUGCCCAGCCAUUCGAACGUUGCAGGAGCUCGACAACACGUAUGGUGGCAUUCCUUUACCUGUCCAGACACCACAUUUUGCUGCGGUGUCCAGCCUCUACAAGUAUUUGCACAGUACUGGCAUCAUGGAUGGUGCAGCGGAAGCGAUAGUGGGACUGUGGAAACUACUUAAACGAAUGGACAGAGUGCGGUGGGCACGUGUGAGGCUCGAAUAUGAAGAGGACCGCGCAUGCACCGACGCGUCGAACAAGGAAUUCUCUGGCGAUCCCGCCGACUCGGACACGCAGUCAGACCUCACCAUGGAACAACCCACGAAUAAGCAAAUUUAUGUCGAUCUUAUCAAGAUGCGCAAGGAGUUGGACCAUCUCACCGACCGCUUCAACUCCUUCGUUGGGAAAACCGAUUCCAGCGACUACCGUGCGACGAAUGCCCGUCUCGUGUCAGAAAACCAGCAAUUGAAGGAUCGUAUUACGGCGCUCGAGAAGGAGAGAGAUGUGGAGCGUGCUACCAAGAGACUCCGUAGUGGCUAA